AUGGCUCCUCGAGGGCCGGCGAAAACGCGCGACUAUGAUUAUUCAAACGUCGGUAAAGCAGGAAGGCGAACAGGAAUCACUUUGAAAGAGGGCAAACGCGAUGAGCAUGGAAUGGAAGAAAUCGACGGGAUGUUCUCGUCUCCCGAAAACUCACCUGGGAUAGAAAAUGGCUUCAGCAACAAUUCAUCUAUUGGAUCAGAUGGAAUGUCUAUGGAUGAAGGUAACGGACCUGGUCCCGCUGAUUUCCUGAACGGCGCAAAUGGCGGACGCGCUUCCUUUCUUCCACCACCCCACGGACGAUCUCCUAUGAAAUCCGGGUUGACUGGAUCGCCGCGACGGACUCCCGGCUUACGAUCUUCUGCGACUCCUCAACGCGAUAUACCCUCCUCGAGUCCAUCAGACGGUAAGGGCUUGGGAAGUGCAAAAGGAGAUGCACGACGAGACAUAUCUCCCCUCACCAACCGUUCUAUCAACGCACCGUCCCUGAACCAAGUCAACGGCACCAGGAACAAUAAGGGAAUAAACAAGACGUCAGAAAUCGCAGUCGAAUUUUCUGAUGAUGACUCUAACAGUCAGUUAAACGGAGACGAGAAUGCAAAUUCAUCAGAACAUUUGCGGGACGAUUACGACAGCAGCUUCAUGGCAGGCAACGAUACACUCGCUGAAGAGCAACUGGAGGAGCCUGAACAGGUUGUUGUGGAAACAGAUGUCUCGCCAUCUUUAGUCACUGGCUCGCGCAGAUCGGAGCGAUCAAGAGCCGCCCCUAAGUCAAAGAAAAAGACAACAUCCGGGAAAGGUCGAAUUCAAGAUAACAUACAACCCGAUGAGCCGGAAAUCCAGGAGACUGCGCAAAAACGCAAGCGCCCUGGAAGGCCGCCGAAAUCGCAACGCCAAAAUGUUGAUGAUGCAGGAGAGCAACCACCCCCGAAGAAGACUAAGACUGCCGAACAGGACAAGCGAGAUGUAAAGAGCUCGGGGGAUCGGGAGUUGGACAAAGUGGUAGAGAAUUACGUCAAUCGUACAGGGCCACUCAAGGGGCGGAGUCUCUAUAUACUGAAGCGAGAAAUGCCCACCGAUGGGAGCGCCACACACACCCGGUCCGGGCGAGUGUCUGUCAGACCGCUUGCCUACUGGAAAAAUGAGAGGUGUGUCUAUGGUGAUGGUGAAGCUGCUGAAGGUCAACGAUAUCCGCUUUCGACGAUUAAGGAGAUUAUUCGGACGGAAGAGCUGGAGCCGGAGAAGAGGAAAACCAAACGGCGAUCGUCCAAGAAAUCGAAAUCCCGAAAAAGCCGGGAUGAUGAUUCGGAUGGGGAAGAGGACAAUUCCUUCGAUCCUUGGGAGAAAGAAGGCGGUGUUUUGCAUGGCUACGUUAGACAAUGGGACCCAGAAACUCAAGCCGGUUCUGUUGAAGAAGAGGUUCUUGACAUCGCAUAUGCUCCAUCCGGAAUCGAGACCAGAGACGUCAAAGACUCCACCUUCCGGUUUGCGAAACUUCUUAGCUCGCCAUUCAUAGGCUCUGGUAUCGUCGAAUUGCCUCCCGGGGGAGUCAAAAAGCCAAAGAACUCGAAGAAGAUGCACAUGGUCUUUUAUGUAUGUCAUGGACGAGUCCAGGUCGAUAUAUCAGGCGUCCAAUUUAGUGCUGGCAAAGGUUGCGUUUUCCAAGUUCCAAGGGGAAACUAUUACAGUUUUGCCAAUACGCACGGAAAAGACGCCCGACUCUUCUUCACACAGGGCUGUGUUCCUGUUGAAAAUGACCUAUCUAGUCCCCAGUCAGCAUCGAAGCCUAUUGGCACUGAGGACGAUUCUAACACUGAGUCAGGUCAGGCCCCCGGUUUUGGGAAGGGUAAGCCUAGAGGCAAACAAAAAGCAGGAACUGCAUCUAAGGCUUGA